CCGUGGUGACGGGCAGGCUACAGAAAGAAGAUGGACCUAUACAGAUAUACAUGUAUCUUAUCGAUCCUUGUUCUGAUAUGCAUUGCGCAUUCCGAUGGGAAAAAGAAAAAGAAACAGACUGGUUCGGAAGGCGCUCGGUCUACCAAUGUUGACAUCCGUGCACCUCGCAGUGGUCAGCGAGUGAGACUAGGGGGAGCGUCACGUAAAGUGAACGCGGGAUUAGUGGAGGUGUACCGCGGGGGCACGUGGGGCGUCGUCUGCAACGAAGACUGGGACCUCAGUGACGCAAAAGUCGUCUGCCAACAACUAGGGUUCAAAAGAGGUGCCCUGGCAGCCUUAGAGGAGACAAGUUAUGGGACAGCUGGAUGGACAGAUGACGACAUACUAAUGAACAAUAUCAACUGUAUGGGGUACGAGGGCAUGGUACAGGAGUGUCAAUAUGGCGCCAUCAACUUCUGUCCCGUAACAGAGACCGCAUCUGUCAUGUGUAGACAUAACACAGGCUGUGAAGAUGGCUGGAUUGCAGGUCCUGAUUCAUGUUACCAGUUCAAUAGUCCCAAUAGGCCUGUAAAAGCAAUGAGACAGGUGCUGAGUAAGUGUGCCAGGGCUGGCGGUCACCUGGUCAACAUUGAGACAGAGAAGGAGAAUCACUUUCUCUCCAAUACACUACAGUUACUCUACCCAGAUUCUGAUGUCUGGCUAAUUGGAGGUAAGAUACACAGGGGGAAAUGGUAUUGGGAGAAACACAUCUCACAAGGACCAAGAAAACCAAAGGGACCAAAGAAACCAAAAAAGCCUAAGAAACCUAAGAAUCCAGGAAAGAAUGGAAGCUCAAGGGGGCCACAGUCAACUACAACUCCGAGACCAGGCAGACGGCCAAGGCCGAAGCCAACUACAACACCCCGACCAGGCAGACGCCCUCGGCCAAGACCAGGAAUCCCUAGAGGGCCAAAGUCAACUAAAGCACCCAGACCAGGCAGACGCCCUCGACCAAGACCUGGGCCAAAAAGGCAGCUCGAAAUUGACCUUGAAGAAACUAAUAGGCCAAAUCCCCCAUCUCCGCCUUUCCCAACCCAGAGGCCAGGUCGAAAUGGCAACCGGGCCCGUAACAAACAUGGUAAAAAAGGGAAGAAAAAUAAACGAAGAUCAAAACGAGCUGCCAAAAAGAAGAAAGGUGGUUUGAAAUUGGAGAGGAAUCUGAUUGUUUAUAAAAAGUGGUUCCCAGGCUGGGUGCCCACGAACGAGGGAAGGGAACCAUCCCGUGGCAGGAAGGAGUACUGUAUGGUACUGAACAACUUGUACGACCGGCCGGACGGGUCGUUUAAACAGCUACUAGAUUACUAUUACUGGGACAAUGUUUCCUGUAAGAGGCGGACUGGAUUUAACUACAUCUGUGAAAAACCGAAAACUGUUGGUACACUCCGUGCUGCCAAUAUAGAUUGUUAUGAAGGAAAUGGAGCAAAUUACCGUGGAACCAUGGAUUUAACAACUAAAGGUACUCCAUGUGUGAAUUGGACUGAUUCUGACCGCAUCAACCCACAGACUCACCCAAACAAGGGACUUGGUGCUCAUAACUUCUGCCGUAACCCUGAUAAUGAGGCGAGACCCUGGUGCUGGGUAAAUACUGCCAAAGGUCAAUAUGGAUAUUGUCCCUUAUUCCCCUGUACUGACCCAACUCAGGAGAACAACCCAGAUGUCCUUGAGUGCUACGAAGGAAAUGGAGAGAACUACCGUGGGAGUGUAUCCAGAACGAUCAGAGGGUCAGAGUGCCAGAGAUGGACCCAGUCAGUCCACAUCAACCCGGAUACCUACCCUGAUAUGGGUCUGGGUGAUCAUAACUUGUGUCGUAACCCUGAUAAGUCUGCCAAACCCUGGUGCUGGACUGAUGUUAAUAGGAGGAUGUUUGGGUAUUGUCCAGUUCCACAGUGUGCUGAUGUCCAGACUGACCAGGUCAACUCUACUGAAGUACCAGAUGUGUCCGAGUGUCCAGAUGGAACUUUCUUCUGCUAUACUGAAGACAAGGCCAGGUGUAUACCAGAAAACUUCCAGUGUGAUGGAGAAAAUGACUGUACUGGUGGAGAGGACGAAGAAAACUGUGAAUACAAGGUUCCUCUGUUUGAAAAGUUUGCAGAUACUAUCUUAAAUGCGACUAGGUUGGAAAGCUACCUACAUGUUCCUAUUGAAAAGUGUGCCGAGAAGUGUCUGGAGACGAGGGAGUUUGUGUGUCGCUCCUUCAGCUAUCAUAGAGAGGAUCGGUCCUGCUUUCUCACUGACAUGAACACUCACCUUGCCAUUGAUAUCAUUCCAGAGCCAUCAAAUGAUCACGACUUCUAUGAACUAUCAUCACAGACUGCCGAUUGCUUCAACAUGUUCCAAUGUACCAAUGGACGCUGUAUUGACAAUCAACUCCGAUGUGACUGGACGGAUGAUUGUGGAGAUUUUAGUGACGAAAUGAACGGGAACUGUGCAAGGCCGACACCCGAUGGUGGGACUGGCGAUGGUGAGACAGAGCAGCCACUUGAGGUGAGGAUGGUUGAUGGGGACAAAGAAAAUUCCGGCCGGGUGGAGAUCCGCUACAGGGGAGAAUGGGGUGUCAUCUGUGAUGACAAGUGGGACAUCAACGAUGCCAGGGUCGUCUGUCAUAUGCUGGGGUACAAUGAUGCUAAUCGAGCCACCCACAUGUCAGAGUUCGGAUCUGGAAAUGGAAAUUUUCUUUUGGAUGAUGUUGGCUGUGUUGGAAAUGAAACAACAAUUGAAGAUUGUCCUAAGCCCAGGUGGAAAGAACACAACUGUAAAAAAUAUGAAGUAGCAGGAGUAGAGUGUAACUCAGGAAAGGGCAUUGUGUGUGUGAGUGGGGAGUUCAGCUGUACCAAGUCAGAGAAGUGCAUUGCAGCCUCCCUGGUGUGUAAUGGUGAAGACGACUGUGGAGACCAGACUGAUGAACAGAAUUGUGUUCCACAGGUGAAAUUGGUGGCGGGGACUUCAGAGAGAAAUGGACGUGUGGAACUCACCUUGAAUGGGGUGGUUGGCUCCAUAUGUGAUGAUUUGUGGGACGACAAUGAUGCCACUGUGGUCUGUAGAAUGGCUGGAUAUCAGUUUGGUGGCCAGGCCAAGAAGGAAACUUACGGGGCAGGUAAGGGUGUUAUCUGGAUGGACGAUGUAGAAUGUACAGGGGAAGAGAUGUCACUUGCUGACUGUCCACGGAAUGCCUGGGGGACACACAACUGUAACCAUGACGAGGAUGCUGGUGUUUUAUGUCUGCUAGAGGCUCCUACAACCCCUACACCUGAAUUAGCCAUACAGGUAGAGCUGGAGGGCGGUAAUGCUACUGCUGGUCGCCUAGUGGCCACUGUAGGUGGUAGUCGAGGUACUGUGUGUGAUGACCACUUUGACGAGCAGGCUGCCACAGUCGUCUGUAGGAUGCUUGGUUUUGAUUUAGGAAUAACAACAAAUGUAUUCGGGGAGGGGUCUGGCGACAUCGUUCUUGAUGAUGUGAGGUGUGAAGGAACAGAGACAUCCUUGAUCAACUGUACUUACAGAACUGAGCACAACUGUGGACACACUGAGGAUAUUGGUGUAGUGUGUUAUCACCAACACAAUGUAGUUGACAAGGUUUUCCUGGUAGAUGGACCAGGACCACAUGCUGGACGGGUUCAGGUCCAACACAAUGGAUUAAAUGGAACUGUAUGUGACGAUGAGUUUGACAAUGACAAUGCCAGAGUUGUGUGCAGUAUGCUUGGAUUCACGGGAGGGACGGUUGUUGAUCUGUAUGGAUAUGGUACAGGGAAGAUCUGGCUGGACAAUGUGGUCUGUGACGGAACAGAGAAAAGUCUGUUUGACUGUGAGGCACGGGAAUGGGGGGCCCAUGACUGUAGCCACGAGGAGGAUGUAGGCGUAGCUUGUGAUCAGGAGUUGGUUACCAGUACUCGCCGUCCCACACCCCCACCCGAAGUUAGAGAUAGGAUCAGGUUGGUAAGAGGUGAAGGUCCUCAUGAAGGCCGGGUAGAGGUCCUGCAUAACAAUGUCUAUGGCACUGUGUGUGAUGAUGGAUUUGAAGAUGAUGAAGCUGGAGUUCUUUGUAGGAUGUUAGGAUACAGAGAUGGUUAUGUGGUGGCCACUGAGUAUUUUGGGCCUGGUGUUGGUGAGAUUUGGCUGGAUGACUUGAAUUGUGAUGGUACAGAAUCCAGUUUGUUUGACUGUAGUGGUAUUGAGUGGGGUGUCCAUAACUGUAACCAUGGUGAAGAUGUUGGUGUAAAAUGUCAGAGACAUUUCACUACCACCACGACACAAGUAUACGAAGACACUAUCAGCCUGGCCGAUGGAACAGGUUCCUAUGAAGGCCGAGUUGUUAUUCAUCAUGAAGGUGUAGCAGGAACUAUCUGUGAUGACGAGUUUGAUGCAGUGGAGGCAGGGAUAAUAUGUAGAAUGCUGGGAUUCAGAGAUGGAAGUUUUGCUCCUAAGGGCACAUUUCCACCUGGUGAUGGCGAGAUCUGGCUGGAUAACCUAGAAUGUACGGGAGCUGAGAGCACACUGUGGGAGUGUCCGAGUAAUGGCUGGGGUGUACACAACUGUAACCAUGGUGAAGAUGUAGGGGUCGUGUGUACUAAUGACGUACCAGUGUCCACUACUCCUAAACCAGACAUUGUGCGACUGGUUGGAGGCACUGGACCACACGAGGGACGUAUCCUCAUAGAGCAUACUGGUAUCAACGGCACAGUGUGUGAUGACUAUUUUGAUGAUGGAGAUGCUCGAGUUGUUUGUAGAACUCUGGGAUUUAGAAAUGGAAUGAAGAUGGAUACAUCCAGCUAUGGGCAAGGUGAAGGCAAGAUUUGGCUGGAUGAUGUAGCUUGUACAGGGGAGGAAGCCACUUUGUGGGAAUGUCCUGAUUUAAACUGGGGUACACAUAACUGUAACCAUGGCGAGGAUGUUGGGGUCAUGUGUACUAUGGACGAAGAUCUGCCACUCAGUACUACCACAACAGCUGGUCCACUUACAGUUGAGCUGGUGAAUGGACCGGAUUCCUCUGAAGGUCGUGUAGAGGUCAUAUAUUCAGGGACAAGGGGGACAGUCUGUGAUGAUAACUGGGGUCCAGAAGAUGCUAGAGUUGUCUGCAGGAUGCUUGGAUUUGUAGAUGGACGAUCAAAAAGUCAAGCUGCCUAUGGACCUGGCAGUGAUCAGAUCUUACUGGACGAGGUGGCUUGUACAGGGGAGGAAACCAGUCUUAUGGAAUGCUCCCAUAGUGGAUGGGGCACACACAAUUGUGACCACUCAGAAGAUGCAGGGGCCGUGUGUCUUACUGAGCCCUUCAUGGAAGCAACAGCAAGCAAUAUUCAGAUUGGACUUUUGGGUGGUUCCAAUGAAAACGAAGGAGUAGUCCAAUUGGUCAGUUUUGGUGUGGAGGGUGGCCUUUGUAACUACGAGUCUCGCUAUAAUGAUGAACAGGCCACACUUGUGUGUAAAACUUUAGGCUUCAGGAGUGGAGUAUUGAUGGCUGAUCCCCCAACGUCCAGUCUAACAAGAGCAUGGCCCUACACCGUAUCCUGUCCCCCGGCCAGCACCGUACUGGCUAACUGUACUUUGGAGGAGAACCUUGAUGCUGAUGAUUGUCCACCAUCCAGCUAUGUUGGAGUGUCGUGUACUUCUGAGAUUGAUCCUUCCACAGCACAUCACACAGAGGUUGUUUGUGUUGAUGACUCUGUGACACUACAAUGUGCUGGUGGACUAGAGAUACUGGAUGCCACCUAUGGUCGAAGAGAUCGUCAGACAUGUCCCAGUGGGGCCAGUAGAAGUAGAAGAUGUAAUGUAAAAGGGGUACUGGAUAUUAUAAUGCACAUUUGUAAUGGCCAACAGCAGUGUGAAUUACAGAACAUUCGGGCAAUGUUUUCAGAUUUAGUUGACCCAUGUGAAGACACAGCAAAAUACCUGACAGUCCAGUACAACUGUGCUGUUGAUAUCCAGUUGGUGAAUGGAAACGAUGCAAGUGAAGGUCGUGUGGAGGUCAUUUUAGAAGGUCAACGAGGGACAGUCUGUGACGACAAUUGGUCAGAUGAGGAUGCGAGUGUUGUAUGUAGGAUGCUGGGCUAUGAUAGAGGUGGUAUAGCUUUGCGGGAUGCCUACUUCGGGAGGGGUUCCACAGAUACGCCCAUUUUGAUGGAUGAAGUUGGCUGUGACGGCUCUGAGACUUCUAUUUUGAGUUGUACUCGUGGCCAAGGUCACGACUGUGGUCACCAUGAAGACGCAGGUGUGAGGUGUAUUACAGCACCAAAACCAACUCCUGGAGGAGGAGGAGGAGGAGGAGGAGACGAUGGCGACAGUGUUGACGAUUAUAUAUUCCCAGGCUGUGGUAAGCGACCAUUAGAGGCCAUUAUCAACGCUCGCAAGAAACGAGAAACAGAUGAUGGUUACACAGAGAGAGUUUUGGGGCAGCCUCCACGUGUUGAGAAGAUCAUUGGAGGCAAUACUGCUGAUUAUGGUAUGUUUCCAUGGCAAGUUGGAGUACGGCUAAUCAACUACGUGGACAGCUGGGACAACACCAAGUACCAUCAACAUUGGUGUGGAGCAACCAUUGUCAGCGAGUACUGGGUUCUCAGCGCUGCUCACUGUUUUGAUGGUAAAACCAAGUCUGACUUUCUUUUGAGAGUGGGGGACCUCAACAAUAAGUCACCAGAUGACAACGAGGCAGAAUUUGAAGUUGAAACUUUACUCAAUCAUGAAUCAUACAAUGAUGUCACAUACAACAAUGACAUUGCUCUACUGAAGGUCAAGGCAAAGAAUGGUCAUGGAAUUGUUUUCAAUGACUUCAUACAGCCUGCAUGUCUACCUACCAGUAACACUGAGUAUACAGCUGGCAAGAGAUGUCAUAUUUCAGGCUGGGGCAAAACAGAACUAGGCACACCUCAUAUGCUGAAACAGGCAGUGGCUCCCCUCAUCAGCCAAGCCAUGUGCAGAAGACUGUACAGUAAAUCACAAAUCACUGAUGCUAUGCUUUGUGCUGGCCUAGUCGCUGGAGGUGUUGACACUUGUCAGGGAGACAGUGGAGGGCCCCUCGUCUGUGAGGAAAGCACAGGAGUCUACACACUGUACGGAGCAACAUCAUGGGGAGCUGGAUGUGGCGAGGCAAAUGCCCCUGGUGUCUACACUCAUAUCAAAAACUUUUUACCAUGGAUACGGGAUAAACUUAAAACACAUAGCUAACAUCAUCAGUUCAUUUGACAAUCUCAAACAGUUGAUGAUUAUUUGAGUUGUAAUUGUGUACAGAAUGCUGCAUAAUUCAAAAUAUCACUCAUUUAUUAUAAACAUUUAAUAUUUGUGACACAAAUGAAGAUUUUCUUAAUCAUCUGAGUAACUAAGAAAUGUGGGAGAGGCACGUUAAAAAGUAACAAAGCAAUGUUCCUGAUAAAACUAAUGAAUUAAAACCAACAUACCUGUAUAUGUAACAGAACUCUUGGAUUUAAAUAUUUUUAAUUGCUCAGGGUAAAAAGUGUAGCUGGCCUCUCAAUUGGGAUAAAGUUCUAAAUUCUAAAAUAAAGGAAAACUUGAUUUUAAUAUGGAAUACAAUGAUAUUUGUAUAUUAUUCAGAAUACCUGCCAGAAGGGCAAGUGAGCUUACGUCCUGGCACAGUGUCCAUCUUUUGUUGGUCAACUUUUCCUGAUAAAUGCUACUUGUCAUGAACAACUCUGCAUCUUGACCAGAUUCGGUGAUGCAUUAUCCUUUGGUGAAAAGGAACCGAUUUUGUAAAAGGGUCCCGAGGGAUUGGGUUCAAUAGGAGAAAUAUAGCAAUAUAGUCCUACUUCUUCUGUAGAAAUGAAUGGAUUUGGUCCAUAUUUGGUCUGAAGCAUCCUUGGGUGAAGGGGAACAAAUUUUGCAUUAACAAUGGGUCUGGCCCCUACAGAGGCCUAGGGGUUUGGCCCAAUAGGGGAAAGAAAACAAACUCUUUUAAAUCCCUCUUCUAUAGGAUUGAAAAACGUAGUCUAGAAAGCAAAUAAAUUUUAUAUAAAUGGUGGUUAUUCAGCAAUUCUUAAAAAAUAUUUCUUCUUCUGUAGAAAUAGAGUGUUUCUCCAUAUACACUGAAAGAUACUGGCCCUCUGUUGUUUUUGUUUUUUGUUUUUUUUUUGCUUGCAAAAUAAUUCAUCAGUUUCUAAUUCUAGGAAAUAAAUCCUCAUGCAAUUUGUUGAUGUUCCUGAGAGAACUAUAAAAUGAUAUCACUAGAUUGAUAUGUAAAUAAAAGAAUAUAUUACGAAUAAAGUAUUUAUUUAUGUU